GUUGACGUUAGACGGCGGCAGCGCUCGCCACCAGCACGUACGUUUAACUUUGUUUAAAAGGUUCCACCAUAUAGGUACUUCCUGGCGGCCGCUGUGUAUCAUAAAUAUAAUUAAAAGCCACUGUCACUGUUGUCAUGUGGUGGAAGACACAGUGGAUGUCAAGAAGUGAGUCAUAGCACACGGCGGUGAACAGUAACUGAUAACACACUCUCCAACCAUCUUCAUGGAAGAAACAUAUUGUGAAGACCCUGAAGGGAGUGAUGCAAGUGGUGCCACAGAAAAUCAAGAAUGUGAUGUCAACUUCACUGCCAGACCCUACCAGGUAGAGCUGUUUGAACAUGCAAAGAAACAGAACUCUAUCCUUGUUCUUGGCACAGGAUCUGGAAAAACUUUCAUCUCCAUUCUACUUAUCAAAGAACUUUCUGAUCAGAUCCGUGAGCCGUUCUCCAAAGGUGGAAAGCGUACAGUGUUCAUAGUAAACACUGUUCCUCUGGUUCAUCAGCAGGCUCUUGCUAUAGAGACCCAUACAGCCCUAAAGGUUGGCAAAUAUGAAGGAUCAAUGGGGGUUGACUUCUGGACUGCUGAAAUGUGGAAGGAGGAAUUGGAGAAGAAUGAAGUGCUAGUAUUUGUUGCCCAGAUCUUUCUUGACCUAGUUCUUCACGCCAGCUUGCCGCUGUCAGCCGUUAACCUGCUCAUCAUGGACGAGUGUCACCAUACCGUAGGCAACCACCCCAUGCGAGAGAUCAUGAGGCAGUAUGAAGGCUUGAAGAUACAGUCCCCAGAGAAAUGUCCAAGGAUCAUGGGGCUAACAGCUUGUGUCAUUCACCGUAAGUGUAGGAAGUCGGAAGUGAUGGAUACCAUGAAGAAACUGGAAGCUGCGAUGGACUCUGCUUUAGUGACCACUACUUAUCAGAAGGAAGUUGUGAAGUGCAGUACUGCUCCAAAGGAAAAAGUAAUUUGCUAUGGAACUGAUGAAAUUUCUGAAUAUCAAGAAUGUAUUAUUGCACAGUUAACAGGAAUCUCUGAGGAAGUAAAGGAACGCGAUGAUAUACAAAUCAAGUACAAGAAAUUGGUGAGGAAGAAAAUAAUUAAUAUUAUAAACAUCAUGACAACGCUAGGAGAUUGGUGUGUGGCCCGGGCAAUUAAAUAUGAGAUGGAUCAUUUUGAAGAUAUUAAGAAGAUUGAGGAUGUGCCAGUUGUUCGGGAGUUGAUGACAUUGCUCCAAAACAGGUUACAAGAAAUUUAUUAUAUUUGUGUGGUUGAGGAGACAAAGAUGGAGAACCCCAUUGAUUAUGUUACCAAGAAAGUUAAGAGGUUAUUUGAAAUAUUUCGUGCAUGUAAUAGAGAAGUAUACGGAAUAAUUUUUGUUGAGAGGAGAAACACUGCCAAGAUCCUAUAUGACCUGCUGUUGAAUGUUGCUGAUACUAAUGAGGACCUUUCAUUUGUAAAGCCUUUGUACGUCGUUGGUUCAAAUGCUUAUACCGGCACUGACAUCCGAUUGGCUGAACUAGAACUUCGCAAACAGAGGGAAACAUUGGACAAGUUUUGUAAUGGAGAAUGUAAUUUCAUUGUUUCAACCAGCGUCUUAGAAGAAGGUGUGGAUAUUAGAAAAUGCAACAUAGUCAUUCGUUUUGAUGAGCCAGCAAAUUAUCGUGCAUUUGUACAAUCAAAAGGGAGAGCCCGUGCAUUACCAUCUAGGUACUUGCUCAUGGUGAACGAAACAAAACUGCAAGAGCUGAAAGACUCAAUUGAUUUAUACAAGGAAAUUGAAAAAGCUUUAACUCUUCUCUGCCAUGAUCGCCAGUUGCCAACAUUAGAAGAAAUCCGUAAGCAUUACGUAGAGGAUGAAUAUAUUGAGCCAUACUUACCAUAUGGACCUGAUGGUGCCAAAGUGACCUUAAAUUCUGCUAUAUCACUAAUUAAUGUCUAUUGUGGGAAGUUACCUCAGGAUAAGUUUACAGAAUUGACAGCAGAAGUUGUUUAUACAAAAUAUGAGGAAGGAGUGAAGGCACAGAUAAAACUACCAAUGAAUGCCCCCCUGAAGGUUCCUGUGAUUGGUGACUGCAUGGUAAACAAAGAACUUGCCAAAAAGAGUGCUGCCAUAUACCUUUGUAAAAAAUUGCAUCAUAUGGGAGAAUUAGAUAAUCGGUUACGACCAGCUGAGGUAUUGGAUGAUAGCAUACUGGAAGGUUUAGUGGAAGUUCCACCUGAAGAAGCCUUAAAAGACGAUGCACCUGACCCUGGUACAAAGAGCCGACGUCAAGUGUACACCAAGGAGGUGUGCUCAGCCUUUACCCAUAAUUAUGAAGGAAACUAUCAGCUUUAUUCAAUUGUUAUUCAUCCCAAAAGUAAUCCACCAAAAAAUCUGAUUAUUAAUUCUGAUAAAAUGGAUUCUACAAUUGGAUUCAUAUGUAAGGGAAACUUGAUACACUGUCCAUUCCCACUAUAUUUUUCCAAAUGGGGAGAAGUGGAAGUUAGAGUUGAGCAUAUAAAGGAACUGACAAACCUUGGUCUAGAGCUAUUUUAUAAAAUUGAACACUUUCACAAACUCACUGUUGAGAUGCUUUUACAUAUCAAUACUUCUCUGUUUGAAUUUAGCUCUAGGGAUGCAGGUGUAUUUAUUGUGCCAGUAAAAGAAAAAAACAUUAACUUAGACAUUCUAAAUCGGAUAAUGCCAUUAGCAUCUUUAAGGUCACCUGUGGUGAACACAACAGACUCACAGAGUUUCUACUUUGAGAGGUCUAAUUUUGAGGAUGCCAUAAUUUACCCUUUGUAUGGACCCCAACCUGACCAACUGUUUUAUGUUACACAAAUCAUGGAUGACACAAAUCCACAUUCAGAAUUUCCUGAUUCAAAGAAACAAUACAGUAGUUAUGCAGAGUACUUCCUCCUGAAGUACGAAUUGAAAAUAACUAAUAUACAACAGCCUUUGAUCGCUGCAAAGCAUUUACCAAAGGAACUCAAAUACUUGGAAAUACCAGCAGUUCCUUUGAAAAAUAACACAGGAAAGGUUGGACGGGAUCCCCCCAGAUUUCUUCCCGAGUUUUGUGGUGUAUUACCUUUAAAAGCAUCCCUGUGGUGGCAGAUUAUGUGUGUCCCUUCCAUCUUCUACCGUCUUAAUAGUUUAAACUUGGCUCAUCAAGUGAAUACUCUGAUGAACAUUGCAAAAUACCAAAUCAAAGCUGCAGAGCACACUACUGUGAAUUUUGGUUGGCCUGAAGAGUCUGUUAACAGAUUAUUGGGUCCUUUUGGCAACAAUUUGGCAGCUUGUUUGUUAAGAAAGAAGAGUAACUUUAUCCAUCCUUUCAUGUUAGUACAUGCUCUCACACUUCGUGGAGCUCAUGAUGGCUUUGAUAUGGAAAGACUUGAAGUUCUUGGUGACUCUUUCCUUAAGUACAUUACUGCAGAAUAUUUAUUUUUGAAGGACAAUAAAGAUCAUGAGGGAAGACUUUCACUGCGUCGUUGCAAACUUGUUUGUAACAGAACUUUAUAUUCUUUGGCAAAGCAAAGAAAAUUGCCAGAGAAAAUCCAGGCGAUUAAUUUGUCACCUCAGACAAAUGGUUUCUUGCCAGGAUUCUCUGUUAAACCCAUGAUGGAUCGGAAGCUGAGAAGUUGGAACAUUCCCCAUAACAAAUGGUCACAACUCCCUCUCCUCGAUCACCCAGAAGACAUACUAGAGGAAGUUAGCAAUUUGUGGAUAAGAGAUGCAGAAGAUGAUGUAAGCUACAAAGAAAGGGGGAUCAUGUUACAACCCUUGGACACAUACAGAUUGAAACUCUGGGCAAGUGAUGAGAUCUCGAGACUCUACAAGAAAGCUUGUCUUGAUCGUUUGGAAGAUAAGAUUGACUACAAAUUCAAUGAUAGAAGUUUCAUUGUACAAGCAGUAACCCACAGCUCAUACUCUCAGAAUAAGGUGACUGAUUGCUACCAAAGGCUGGAGUUCCUGGGAGAUGCUGUGUUGGACUACCUGGUGACUGGGUUUGUGUUCUCUCGCCAUGCUGCCUACUCUCCUGGCCAGAUGUCGGACUUGAGAUCUUAUUAUGUCAAGAAUGAAACUCUGGCUACUGUUGCUGCAGAGAAAGAACUUCACAAACACUUGCUCUACAUGGCUCCCAAACUAUCAGCUUCUAUUGAUAAAUUCUUAAAAAUAUUGGAUGCUGGUUAUGAAGAGGACACUCUUACUAUUGAAGAGGAUGAAAUGGAUCACGAGGAUAUAGAUAUUCCCAAGGCUUUGGGUGACUUGAUUGAAUCCAUCAUUGGAGCUGUGUACCUGGAUAGUGGUAGAUCUCUUGAGAUAACAUGGAGAGUAGUAGAACAGCUAAUGGGAACCGUCAUCAAGAAGACUGUCUCUGAUAUACCAAUUAGUUCAGUCCGUCAGCUGUAUGAAGAGAUGCCUGGUGGGGUGAAGUUUGAGAAGGUACCACGUAUGGAAGGUGACCUUGAAGCCAAGUAUAAAGUGCAGAUAAGAGGGUUGCCACCUCUCUGUGGUUCGGGGAAAAACUACAGGACGGCAAAAAGUGCAGCUGCAAAAUUCGGUCUUCAGAAGUUACGAGAAGCCCAAACGAAGAAUGAUCAACCACUUGGGCAAUAGCCAGACGUUACUGUGUUGAAAUUAGUCCACGUGGUAACUGCGGAAAUAAUGUAAUUAUUUGUGUUUGUUGAUUUAUUGUGAUUACAGUAUUUUAUAUGCUUGUUGAUUAAUGUAUACACCCACCAAAAAAGGUACUGCAAACCUUGCAGUACUUUACAUUCUGGAACACAGGAUGAAGUGUCUUGAUAUACCUACCCUGGGUAUGCCUUUUCCCCUUACUAGAUACAGUAAACUUUUGAUAACUUGGAUUAUAUUGGACUAUAACCAUUGCAAGUUAGAAAGGCUGGGUGAUGUUCACUGAACCAGUACGAGAGAGAGGACGCCAGACUUAGCACUGUAAGCGGUUAGUUUUCAACUCGUAAUUUGGAGUAGACGUUUUUUUUAUAUACAGAGUAUACUGUACUCUGUUACAUGCAAAUGCAAUAUAUACAAUCUUUCAUAUAGAAUGUGCAAAAAUAAAAAAAUAAAUAUCAGGUCAAAAUAUAUGAGGAAUAAACAUUUUGUAUGUGCAGGAGAGUUAUCAUAGCGGGGGAGCAGCGUGGGGGAUCUCUUAGCUGUUCGCGGUCUCGUGUCCUGUGUGUAGUGAAACCAUUGCCAAAGAGCAAUGGAAUAUUUAUUAUUUUAUGAUAUUUAUUGGUAUUAUUUUUAUUUAUUCUUCACAUUUACUGGUGCAGUAAACACCCAAUAUAACGGAUCUCGGCUUUUAACAGACUCUGGCCCAUUCGGACUAGGUACAUAUAUAAGAGCAUAAGAAUGGAGGAAACUGCAGUGGGCCUAUUGGCCUGUACUGGGCAGUUCCAUUUACACCCAUACCCUAUUGCUCAUAUAUAUCCAUCCAACCUAUGUUUGAAGCUAUCCAGCUUA